ACGACACGCGCCCUCUACAAACUAAGGUGCCGCGAGGCAUAUGCUGAUCGAAUCCCAAGAUCAAAUCUUAAACGAUUAAACCUUGAUAUCUCCGAAGCUUUUGUGUUCUCCCGCUUCCAUUUCCAGGUUUCGCCUGCGAAUUUCUUCAUUCCCCGCAUUUUCUCGACAUAGAUUUCUGCUUUUUUGAAUUGGUGGGGUCUUGAAUGAUGGAAUUCAAGAAAAUUAGACUUAAUGGAAGUAGAAUUGAGGAAUUACAAAAGCUACUAUCAUUCCUGGCUUCAAAUUGGGGAGAUGUCUUGGAUGUAAAUAGCUUGAAGGUUGUCCAUUUGAGUGGAGCAAUGACUAAUCUGGUGUAUAAAAUAAGCUGGCCUACAAAGAAGGAAAAUGUUUGCAGGAUGGUUUUGCUUCGGGUUUAUGGUGAAGGAGUUGAGAUUUUAUUUAGUAGGGAUGAUGAAAUUCGGACCUUUGAAUAUGUCUCGAAGCAAGGUUUUGGACCUCAGCUUCUCGGGCAAUUUCCUUGGGGACGAGUGGAAGAGUUUAUUGAUGUCAGGACAUUGUCAGCCAGUGACCUCCGAGAUCCAGAAAUCUCUUCUUUGAUAGCAAUGAAAUUGAGAGAGUUUCAUAACAUUGGGAUGCCUUGUCCAACGAAAGCUGGUCUUUGGGAUAGGUUAAGGGACUGGCUAGGCAAGGCCAAAACCUUGUGCUCUGCAGAAGACAUAAAGGAAUUUAGGUUGAAUGAUUUAGAAAAGGAAAUUGAAACAUUAGAGAAGGAACUUUCAAGGGAUUCACAAAUGAUUGGCUUCUGUCACAAUGACUUGCAAUAUGGAAAUAUGAUGUUUGAUGAGAAGACAAGAAGCAUAACCAUAAUUGACUAUGAGUAUGCUAGUUACAAUCCAAUUGCUUAUGACUUUGCAAACCACUUCUGUGAAAUGACAGCUGAUUAUCACACUGAAACCCCACAUGUUUUGGACUACACAAAGUACCCUGGUGUAGAGGAGCGCCGUAGAUUUGUACACUCGUAUCUUAGUUCUGCAGGCCAUGAGCCAAGAGACUCGGAAGUCAAACAGCUAGUUGAUGAUGCGGAAAAAUACAUCCUUCCAAAUCAUUUGUUCUGGGGAUUAUGGGGAAUCAUCUCGGGAUACGUGAACAGUAUUGACUUUGAUUACAAGGAAUAUGCUAGACAAAGGUUUUGUCAAUAUUGGCUGAAGAAACCCGAAUUCAUCAUCUGAAAAGAAGACUAAUGGAACCUGCAACAUUAUUGUGUAUGAUUGGCCUGCUUUGUUUAGAUAUACCAGAGAUUAUUGUUGUUUUGUUACAGGAUAUAACCUGUGUUAGGAUAGCAUUCAUUUCUAGCAAUGAAUUGCUUCUGUUGUGUUCUGUAGUAAAAGCCCAGAGAGGAUAUCAUUCUUUCUUUAGCAGAGAUUAGUGUUUUCGCCACCUGUUGUUUUGCUAUUACUGUUGUGUUUGAUUUAAAGUAGUGAAAAGAAAGCUUAUUUUGAU